CGGCCCGCCCUCCGGCCCUGGGGUGGAGCCAAGGGGGCUGCUGCUGCUGCAGGAGCAGGACAGCGGCCCCCGAGGCUAUAAACGCGGCUGGGCGGCCGGCCCCUCUUGCCCGGCUCGACAGGCAGGCGGGCAUGGGGGUGCUCCAGCGCUGCCUGGCGCGGGGGCUGUGGCGCGUGGGGUGCCUGGCGAGCCUCCAGCCGCUGCCGGCUGCGCCCUGCCCUCGCCUCCCCGGAGGGCGGCUGUACAGCUCGGGCGUAGCUGAACUGCAGGAGCGCACACUAAUUGCGGUGAAGCCGGACGGGGUCCAGAGGAGGCUGGUGGGGGACGUCAUCAAACGCUUUGAGAGACGCGGCUUCAAACUUGUGGGCCUCAAGUUACUCCAGGCCACUGAAGGGAUCCUGGCUGAACAUUACCAUGAGCUGCGCCGGAAGCCGUUUUACCACGACCUGCUUCAGUACAUGACCUCCGGGCCCGUCGUUGCCAUGGUGUGGGAAGGUUGCAACGUUGUCAAGACUUCCCGGGCCAUGGUGGGAGAGACAAACCCAGCUGAAGCCAAACCAGGCACUGUCCGUGGUGACUUCAGCAUCCACGUUAGCAGGAACGUCGUCCAUGCCAGUGACUCGGUGGAGACAGCUCAAAGAGAAAUAAGCCUUUGGUUCCGCAGCCACGAGCUGAUCGACUGGGACUGUUGUGAUCACAAGGUCAUGUAUGAACCCUGACGUGGGCUCUCCCAUUUCCGGACAUGGGAUCUACUACCUCGGCCAACCGGUUGCCUUUCUGGAGGGAUGGAUGUUUUCAGCCUGUGCAUCCGGGUUUAAAUCUUCGUGGACUUGAGAGGAGGGGAGCCACUUGCCAAGGCUUUGCUCAAGCCGGAAGACCAUGCCAGGCCUCCC